UCCAACAUUCUCAAGUCUCGACCACAUCAUUUCAAGCUGACACUCACCUCACCCACCAAAGCACAAAAUGGCUGAAACUGAAUCCCCAAUUCGUCUCGGCAUCGUCGGAUGUGCAAACAUAGCAAGAAAAGUUGCAAGAGCCAUCAACUUAGCCCCCAACUCAGUCCUUCACGCCAUUGGCAGCCGUUCCAUAGAAAAAGCAAAGCAAUUUGCAACUGUAAACGGAUUUCCUGAAAGUGUCAAAAUUUAUGGGAACUAUGAACAAGUGCUGGAGGACCCAUUUGUGGAUGCUGUGUACAUGCCAUUGCCAACUAGUUUGCACGUUCAUUGGGCGGUGAUGGCUGCCAAAAAGGGUAAGCAUUUGCUGAUAGAGAAACCGACGGCUCUUGAUGUAGGUGAGUUGGACAGAAUACUUGAAACAUGUGAAUCCAACGGUGUGCAGUUUAUGGAUGGAUCCAUGUGGUUGCACCAUCCUAGGACUGUUAAAAUGAAGCAGAUGCUUUUUGAUUCCAAGCUUUUAGGAGAUGUCAAUUAUGUCUACAGCACAUCAACAACAGCAGCAUCCCCCGAAUUCAUGGAGAAUGACAUAAGAGUAAAACCAAAACUGGAUGCCCUUGGUGCACUUGGUGAUAUUGGCUGGUACUGUCUUGGAGCUGUCCUGUGGGCCAAAAAUUACCAGCUACCAACUGUAGUCACUGCACUACCAGAUGUCACUAAAAACUCCAAUGGAGUCAUCAUCUCCUGCUCAGCUUCAAUUCAAUACAGGCAACCAGAUGGAACCAAAACAGAUGCAAUUAUUCACUGUUCUUUCCUCUGCAACACAUCCAUGGACUUGGCCAUAACUGGUUCAAGAGGAACCAUAAAUCUCAACGACUUCAUAAUCCCAUAUCAAGAGAGUUCUGCUUCAUUUGAAUUCACAUUGGGAGCAAAAUUUGUGGAACUUCACAUCGGGUGGAAUGUGAAGCCUGAGAAAAUUGUUGUGGCUUCUGAGCUCCCACAGGAGGCAUUGAUGGUUCAGGAAUUUGCAAGGCUUGUUGAGGGGAUUAAAACAUAUGGUUUUCUGCCUGAUCGUAAAUGGCCUGAGAUUAGCAGAAAGACUCAGUUGCUACUUGAUGCAGUGAAGAAAUCUGUUGAUCUUGGUUGUAAGCCUGUUUAUUUUUAAGUCAUAUCAGAGUAUAUUUGUUAGAGCCGGCUAUCCAGGCAUUCAUGUAGUGUAAAAAUUGAUACUUCGUCUAUUCCUAUCAUAUUUACACGAAAACUGCAUAUUAAUACGAAAAAUAUGAAACAUAUAUAGAUUUUUGUUAAA